GCGACGGGCCCGCGCCUCCGCCCCGCCCCCAGCAGAGUGAGAAAAGCCCCAAAAGUUAACGACAACAACAAAACAAACCACAGAAGAAGAAACGUAAACAACAGCAGGAGUAACCAACAUGACGGCGGUGAGAGGAGCCGGGGUUUCAGAGCGGGGCUGCCUGGAACUUCAGGCCGCUGUGUGAGCCUCUGCCCGCGGCAUGAAGCUCUCCGGGCUGCCGGCAUCAUGGCCGCUGUGACAGCCAACGCCCGCGGAGUCGUGACGGAUCCUGCCGGAGUGUCCCCGCGGGACAGCCGGCCUCCGGCGCCGGGAGCCGGCGGGAGGUCCGCGGAGUCAUGGAAGGGACACAUCAUCCGAGAGCUGAAGCACCGAGACCUGAGCCAGCACGCCAUGUUCCAGGACCUGAUCCGCUUCUACACUCAGCUGCUGGAGAAAACCAGUCUGACCAAAGGACUGCUGAGCAGCUCCGCCAGGCGUCCCCCUGCAGGCAGCGCCCCGCUCUCGUCCCUGCUGCAGCAGAGCAUCCAGCUGAAGAAGACGACGGGAGAGUUGGCCUAUCAGGUGGUGGAGCUGCAGCAGCAGAUUAAAAUCAAAGACAGCGUUCUGGAGGAGCAGCAUGCCAGGCUGCUGCAGGAGCGCCGUUGCCUGUCGCGAGUGUCUGAUGCUCAUCAGGAGCUGCGGGCACAGGUAGAGCAGGUUCAAGGGCAGAACACGGCGCUGAAGGUGGAGUACGACGCCCUCCUGGAGCGGCAGAGAGCAGCGGAGGCGAAACUACGGCAGGAGACGGUCAGAGGGGAAGAACUGCUGGCCAAGGUGAUGAAGCGGAAAAACCAGGCCGCAGCUCGCAUGAACAGCCACAACGAACGCCGCUCCAGAGCUCGAGAGGCAACCCUGCAGGCCGCAGCCAGGUCGAAGGUCAACUUAGACAGGUCAGCUGUCCAUCCCCUGAGCUCUACAUCGCCCUCUUCAGGUUUCUCUAACUCAUCAAGUGCUCCGAGCUCCAGAUCGACGUCUCCAAAGAAUGAGAAACGGGACGCAUCCAUGGAACGAAAACCUAUGCGACUCGUGAGGUCGGCGUCGGUGACGUCUCCGAGGAUCCUGACCUCCAUUAAAGAGCUGUUCGACAGAAAGAGGCGGGGCCACUCGGUCUGCAGUCAGGAGGAAGAUCUCGUCUCUCCUGUAAGAAUCUGUGUGUCAGCCCGAGUCCCGGCCAGAGCUCUGCAAGUCCUGGAUGCCCAUGAGCAAGACAUCAACGCCGUGCGGUUCAGCUCCAGCUCGGACCUUCUGGCCACGGGGGGGACGGACAAAGUGAUCAAACUGUGGGAGGUCAGAGCAGGUUUGCUGACUCACAGAGGAACCCUGGACGGCAGCACGGAGGGCAUCACCUGCAUCGAGUUCGACCCCAUGGGCUUCAGGAUCCUCGCCGCGUCCUACAGCAAGGCGGCCAUGCUGUGGCAGCUGGGCGACUCCGUUCCAAAGGUGACUCUUACAGGUCACAGCAGGAAGGUGACGGCGGCAAGGUUCAGCAGCAUCCUCCAUCAGGUGGUGACAGGAAGUGCCGAUGGCUCCAUCAGACUAUGGGACCUGCGGCGAGCUGCCUGUCUGCAGUCGCGUAACGUGGCGAAGUACUGCAGUGACCUGGUGUGCUCUGAGAACUGCAUCAUCAGCGGACACUACGACGGGCAGAUCAGAGUGUGGGACUCCAGGGCGGCGAGCUGCGUUCAGGUGCUUCCUGCUCAGGGAAAAGUCACCUCGUUGGACCUCAGCUCUGACCAUCGCCAGCUGCUCAGCUGUUGCCGUGAUGACUGUCUCCAGCUGUUCGACCUGAGGAGGUGGAGCAAUGAGCGCGUAACCUUCAGAGCCGACGGGUUCAAAUGUGGCAGCGACAGCACCAAAGCCGUCAUCAGUCCAGACUGCUGCUAUUUGGCGGCCGGCUCUGCAGAUGGUGCCGUUUACAUUUGGAACGUCUCGACGGGCAAGUUGGAGACCCGCCUACCCGACAAACACAGCUCGUCCAUCAGCGCCGUGUCUUGGUCUCUGUCCGGCGAAUACUUCGUCAGCGUGGACAAGAGCAAGCGAGCCGUCCUCUGGAGUGACAUGUGAGGCAAACCCACAACGAGGUCACGUUGUUGUGGAGACGCGUCACACAUCCAGCCUUGAUUGGACAGAUGGCUGUUUGACAAAAGUCUUUUUUAAGCUGUUUGUUGGUUGGACCAAAGGGAAGUGACCUUACGUUGUUGUGAUCUAUGAUAACCCUGAAGAAUAUUAACGAGGGAGGAGAACACGGACCUUCUACCAGCUUUAAGCUUUUUCUGUGUAAAACCUGUGUGAACAAAGGGAAACGUUCCUGCAACGCUUGAACCAUUUUACAGUGGACGACGCCAAAAUGAAGCAAGGCCGAACGGCUCGUCGGUCACGUGUGCACACGUCAGCCUGCGGCGUGCGCUGUGGUCACGGACUGAAACCAAGCUAACUUUUUUUUUUUUUUUACCUGGAACGAGUAGAACGUUUUUGUUUUUGUAAUUACAGACAGAUUACUAACUCACACGCUUCUAACGGUCCCGUUUUAGAUUGUAAAGUUUUUCCCGCCUUGUCUCAGCUUGUUUUGGGUCCUGAGAAAGUCUUAAAUUGACAUAUAUUAAUAAAAGAUCUGAAACUGUUUUAAACUGAUGUUUUCAGUCACCUCAGAUUCAUGUCCUCGCUUUUGCAUUCAGAGUGGGGCCGCAGCUCGACACUGAAGCUCCACCCACCUGCUGGCAGCCAAUCAGAAAAAAGUUGUCUUUGAAGGGGGAGGGGCUAAAACUGCAUUUCAGAGGACUGCACUGAGGCAAACUUCUCCGUUUUCCUUUAAAUUGUUAUUAAAAUUGUGCGUUUUGUGGAUCACUGUAGAAACAGGUAAAGCUGUUUCCACUCAGGUGUUUGUAAAGGGUGGUGCUAACAUUCAGGGAUUCAGGGAGCGUUCAGAUCUAUGAGCACCACCCUCAGACUGCCUUAACCUUUGAACCCCUGAGAAGAAGCUUUCAACGGUCACCGCUUCAUUCAGGCCCGCGAAUGUUUGCUCCUCUGUGGGAGCUCCUGAGUCCUGAAUUUAAACCAGCCGUUCUGGGAUCGGUGGGAGUGUUUCCAGUCUCUCUGCUCUCAGCCGUGGAUUCACUGAGUGAUUAUUUUGUACUGUAAGUGAUGCGAAGCUGCUCUGGAGGAUUUGGAAAUGAGCAGAACGUGUCCACCUGUGUUGUCCUGCAUUUGUGUAUCUGCAGCGAGAGGCUGCCGCUCAGGUAAAAGUAGCACUCAGGUGUGUUUUUGUCUCAGAUGUCGUUCUCCUAACGUUCUGUCAAUGUUUUUAAUAUGUUGGUAACGUUUCUGCUCUCAGCUCUAAUAAACGCUGGUCUCUAACCAUC